AUGACCACGCCUUUCUUCGCCGCAGCUGGGUACAAAGCACCAAUCACUGUGAACGGAGAUCCUCUACGAAUCGGACUACACCUAGUGCACCCACGUGACCCGAUGAAGCGACUGGUUGAGAUAGGGCCUAAUGGCGAGCCAAUCGAAACUGAUCUAUUCUCUUACUUCAACGCAUUUAUCGUGCCACCCACUCUGAUCGAUCCCAAGGAACCGGACUACACAUGGAAUUUCAAACUCGCACAAGUUGACCUGCAAAGGUUCCCACGGGUUAGCAAGGCAAAUGGUGGACACACAUCAGUCUGGACAUACCAGCCCGGCUCCUGUAACCUUCGAUUGCGGUGCAUUCGCCUUGGUGGCAAACCAGUUCCCGUUGAAGGCAAUUUGAAAUCAGUUCAGAACAAUUUAGGCUCUGCUGAUGGCACAUCUGACUCCGUUGGUGGAAAGUAUGGCUCCGGGAAAGGCAAACGAGGUUCCGUUGAAGAGAUCAAGUGGGCUGUCUCUCCCACCUACUGGCCCAGUGUUUUCUACAUCACCGUGAACGGCAAGGAACUCCAAGUACGCCGAAAAGUCCACAACGGCAAAGACCUCCCUUUGGACAUAACCCAACACCUCAAGGCAGGCGACAACUCUAUCCGUAUCGACCUGCUUCUAGGAAAAGACGAGUGCAAAGACAACCAGUAUCACUUCGGCGUGGAAAUCAUGGAAGUUACCGCCUUCGAAGACAUCCUCCACCUAGUGCAGCCCAUCCCUGCCGCAGAUGCUCGCGCAUCCAUCCAGAAGCGCCUCACCCCCAUCGCCAACGAUGACGAUCUAGCCGUCGUGACCGACAGCCUAACAAUCAACCUCGUUGAUCCCUUCAUGGCGCGAAUUUUCGAUGUCCCCGUCCGUUCCAAAAACUGCACCCACGCCGAAUGCUUCGACCGCGACACCUUUAUCCGAACCCGAAAAUCAGCCUCCGGCAGAGCUCCAAUGGUCGAUAGCUGGCGAUGCCCGGUCUGCAAAGCCGAUGCACGCCCCAAAUCCCUGGUUGUCGAUUACUUUCUGGCCGAGAUCCACGCAGAACUCGCUCGCACCAAUAGGCUGGACGGCGCGCAGGCCGUUCAGGUCAACGCUGAUGGAACCUGGGUGCUUAGGACUAAUACAGAUGACACCUCACCUGCCCCUCAGGGAGGUUCUCACUCAGGCCCAACGUCACAAAAGCGCAAGUCUGUCUCGGAUGAUGCUUUGGAGCCUGCCGCGACCCGUCCUAGGCUUGACUAUAAACCGGAUGUGAGCCAGCCUUUGGUUUCCCGUCACUACCACGAGGUUAUUGAAUUGGACUGA